AUGCUGAUGUCUCCAGAGCAGAGACAGAUCUACAGAACAAAUACCACUGCCAAAGAGACACCUAGACCUCACCACCUAACGACACCCGGAGGCAAAGCCGCAGCGUACCUUCUUAUUCUGCCUCAGAUAGUGGUACCCCAGCGCCAGCUUCUUGUAGGCCUGCCCGUACUUGUCGUGCCAGUCCUGCACGCAGCGGACAGCAGCCUUCCUCAGCUUCUGUGCCACCUCAGCGGGCGGCGGGAGGGGCUGCCGGUGCUCGGUGCCCACCGCCAGCUCCAAGAACUCCUGGAAGUCGGCGACGAGCAGCGUGCGGAACCGGUGGGACCUGGCGAAGAGCUCCUGGACAGCCUGGAAGGCCGACAGGCGCACCUGGGCGUGCGGCUCCCUCAGCCUCGUCAGCAGCAGGUGUGCUUUGGCAUGUUUGGCUUCCACUUGGAAACAGACACACUUGGAAAGGGUGGAUUUUCUCCUUGGGAAAGCUCCUCCACUUUGCAGUACUUGAAAACCAGGUUGCCUUUGGAGCAUUUCACAGGCAAUUACGUAAAAUUGUGUUUGCUCGAGUUGCUGAGUUUCUUUCCCUGUCUACUUUUCAACGAACAUGGGCGGUGCAGAGGAACGCAGGACACUGUGGAGUGCAGAGGCAGGAGCCAACAGCGCCUGCUGCCCCCCAGAGCUUCAGCGCUGAGUCUUACUACCAGUUUACACCUGGUUUCACCAAAGCCUGAGUCUGCUGCUUCAUGUCACAUGGAUUGGGACAGGUUGUUGGUUCUGUAAGUCCAGGAGCUUUGGCCAAAUACAUAGACAAAGAAAUAUAGGGCCACACAGAAUUUUGUCCAUUGAAACCACUUACUU